UGUAUAACAACCAAAGGUACAGGCACUGCGAUAUGUAGGAGGUGUCAGUGGCACCACGGAGCUCCAGCGCCGUCCUGACAGCUGCAUAUACAUCAUGGAGUUAUGAGUUUCACCGAAUGGAAUGGUUGUGCUGACGUCCCAGCUGUUGACAGGUCUGUUGAUGGAUUUGUUGCAUGAAUGAUAAGAAGCUGCGAAUUCACACUCACCGAUUCGACUUGGUUUGGGUGAAUGACAACUCAUUCCACGGACAACGUAUGGGACAAAUACUGUUCUCCUCAUCUGGUACUGCCACUUUCGGACUCCAUCCUGGACAAACCUGCCCCCUGAGAAUCUGUAAGUGUGUGAUUGAGGUGAUCUGAUUGACUGACAUUCCGUGCCAUGAAAUCGGACUGCUAUAUGUCCCUUCGUAACGUAAAGGAGUAGACGAUACGAACUGAUUGUGACUAUGUCUUUCUAAGGACUGGGAUAAGAAAAGUGAGAUGACAAUCAAUUGUGCACACAUCCUAGGACAAACAACUCAUGCACAACCAGAUAAUUGCAAACUUUCCAUGAAAUAAAAUCACCUGGCUGCGACCAUCUUCUGAUUAUACCAUGGAUACAGUGACGCGACAGCUUUCAAACCUAACUGCAUCAACAUUGUGUCUUAAAAGUAAGAUCAGACAUCGACUUGUCAACAUAAAAGACGGAAUCGCAGGAAGAAAGGCGACCCGAGCUCAUGAAGUUACACACGAAAGCUGGCAUCCCUGGCAGGAGCUGAAACGACUGCAGGUUCAAGAAAACGUCCCCAAGGAACUUGUCCCCAAGCCUACGUGGGAGCCAGGAAUUGAGGCUGGCUACCGUCCACCCUACAAACCAUGGCGAUAUUACUUCUUCAGUCUUGUCCAAUGGCACAACGAGACCGUGAAUGUUUGGACCCAUCUGAUUGGGUCCGUCUUAAUAGUGCUGUACAUGUUACACUUCCAUGACACCAUGGACUAUCUGAAUAACCCACGUGCAUGGCCACAUCUAAUGUUGGGCGUCUGCUCCUUGAUAUGUACAUCUGCCAGUGGAGUCUGCCAUCUGAUACACUCCAAAUCAGCGUUUGCGCAUUACGUGACUUUUUCAUUUGAUUACGCCGGCGCGGGAAUUUACGGUCUUGGGUUGGGCACAUGCAUCUUGUUUUACACCUGCGACAAAGACAUGGUUUACUAUUUCGGACGCCUGUUCUUGCCAAUCCUUGUGGUGUGUUGUGCGACAAUGUGUUUUUGUAUUUGUUACGGAAAAGUGAAGUACAGCCUCCAUCACCAUCACCGGAGGAAAAUGUGGUUCGUCAUAUCUACGGUCCCGCCGUAUGCUUGCAUGUUCCUAAUGGGUUUUCCGCGGUAUGUCCGUUGCUACUUCCUCAAUCCGAACCCAGAUCCUGUAGACGUACAAUCAUGGCACCUCCACCGAUAUCAUCUCAUCACCUUUUUCGCAGCCACAUUCUUCUUCGUAUCCCAUGUCCCCGAGAUCUACGCUUACGGCGAAUUCGACAUGCUCGGUCAAGGACACCAGUUAUGGCACGUCUUUCUUGUUUGUACCAUGGUCUUUCAAUUGUACGCUACUCAUUAUGACUACACCACCAACGGUGAGCGUAGUCCGGAUGUAUUGGCGAACCUUCCUGGAUACGAAACAUGUUUGUACGUGGUCGGGAUUCUCAUACUGACCGAUUUAUUCUUGAUAGUCUGCGCCAGUCGAAUAGCAAGACAAGUGGUAGACGAGGAGCAUCACGAACUCCCGAGAUGUGCUGGUAGUGAUACGGUGGACCAUCAGCGACGCCGUGAGAAAAGGUCGUAUUUGGAAGCGAGCACCAGUCCCAGAGUCCUAAGGAAAUCAACGAUUUUACAAAGAAGAGUUGUCAUCCGCAAAUUGUGAAGGCAUCCAGUCAAUGUCAUUUCGUCCCAAGUUAAGAAGAUAUGGUUGAAGAUUUGACAUUUUUUGUUCGUUGAUGCAGUGCAAAAAUGCAUUUGAAACAUAUGGGACUGUAGGUAAUGAACGAAUGACAUUCGGUAACGAGAACCAGUAUCUAUGGGAAAAUGAUGGCGGAUUAGAGUGAAAAAAAAUAAUGGAGACCAUGGCAUUAAUUGAUGAUGACCGCGUACGUAAGAUCAGUGUCUUUAGCGACGUUUUUCAUCGAGCCAUUAAAUUAUCUGUGAUUCUACGCUUGUGAUGCGCACUGUAUAAUCACUCCGGCACGACUGUCCUGUUUUAUUUGGUGCAUACACAUAUAGGCACAAUCAUUACUCACACACUAACAAUGAACAUGAUAUUAUUAUUUUGAAAUGUAGCAGAUUGUGACACUCGCCCUCGUAUCGCGGAUCGUUUAUAAUCACAUCCCUAAUAAGACAAGUACCCGAAUUGCAUCCCUUAGGUAACGUUGCACGAGCGUCGACAUUUUCAGUGACUGUUGCUAUACUGUAAUCUGAUAAUUUGUUGAGAACAGUAGUUUAGGUAUGUAGUGAAAUUUCGAUAAGAUGAAUAAGAUUAGAUUCUAGUAAUAAACGAGGUAAUUCAA